GCGACUAAUAUUUAAUAUUUUUAUGUUGAAUUUGACUCAUUUAUUUAAGGCUUAAUUGCAUAAAAAAUCACCAACUUUCGCAUGUUUUUGGUAUUUAACAUUUUUUUUCUUGGCAUAAAAAAUCACCAACUUUCAUUUUUUGGCAUAUUUGUCCACGGGAUGUGAAAACGGCGUCGUUUUAAAUGUAAAACGGCGCCGUUUUACGCUUAAUUUUCAAAGGAAAUGAUUAUGUGGACGAAUAUGCCAAAAAAAUGAAAGUUGAUGAUUUUUAAAGCCAAACAAAAGAUUAUGUUAAAUACCAAAAACACGAUAAAAGUUGGUGAUUUUUCGUGCAAUUAAACCUUUAUUUUAUUACUGAAGUUAAAUUUAUUUAUUUUUUAAAAUAGUUUAUGAAUAGUAAUUAUAAUUUUUUUGCCCCUCCGUAAAAUAAUUAUGCCUUCGUCCCUGUUUGACAUGUCAUAUGAAUGUAACUCACGUACAUAAUGUGUAGCAACAACUCGUCAUUCGACCGUGUUUCUCGAAAGAUCAUUAUUGGACUUUUUUAUCUACAUUUUAUUUCCUCUUUAGUUAGAACUAACAGAGUUUUUUUCAAGAAUGCUGUUUUUUGUUAAAAAAAUGAGCUGUACUAAUCAACAUGUAAAAGAUAUUGUCCACAUUCGAGUCUAUCUCUCUUUGGUGGCCUAAAAGGACGAUUUUCGAGCCUUCUGUUCUCAAAAAUCGCAAGUGACGGUAUCACACAAUUAAUAUAAUUUAGAAGAUCAAGUAUCAUCCCAUAAAGUAAUGUCAUAAAAUUUCACUAACUUUACAUGUUCUUUUAGUUUAAUCACGUUUUUUAAACUUUCAUAAAAAUACAUCAAAUUUCAUUUUCUCAAAUUCAUACACGGUGCUGAUGUAGCAUUCAUUCAUUUGUGUAAUUUGCUGAGGUAUAAGUUAUUUUUAACCAAUGAAUGAGUGACACAUCAGCACCGUGUACAUAUUUGGAAAAAAAAUGAAAGUUGUUGUAUUUUUAUGAGAAAUUUUAAAAAGAAUAAUUAAAUUAAAAAAACGUGUAAGAUUGGUGAAUUUUUAUGUCUAACCCAAUUUGUAAUUGAACAAAAGGUCAACGCGCCCCCUAAAUUUGUGACAUAGGGUCAUUCAACCCAGUUUUUACUUGUUUGAGCAAUCAACUCUAAAACUCUUCAUUUUUGGGUCAAAUAAUCUCACAGUUAUAUUUUUACAAAAAGUAAGUUUAGAAUAAUUUUAUCGCAACAAUUAGAAAAUUUUUUAAUUUCUAUUUCGUAUUUUUCAUCUCCGAUUUAUAUUUUACAUAUUUUUAAAAUAUAAUUAUGGGAUUAUCUGAUCCAAAAAUAAAGAGUUUUGAGGUUAGUUGAUCAAACAAGUAAAAACUGGGUUAAAUGAGCCUGUGUCACAAGUUCAGACGGUGCGUUGACCCUUUGUUCAUUUGUAAUUAGUGACAAAUAUUUGGUGAGCCAGAUUACAUAUUUUGGCAACAUCCACUUAUCCUCUUACAUAGGCCUCGCUGCGAGCCAAGGGCAGCCGGAUACAGAGACCAGACCUGGUGACCCCAAUUUAGCGCUCCAAAGACAGGACUGGCAACGUUUUUGGCAACUAAAGAUCCCCAACAAAAUAAGAGUCUUCAUAUGGAAAAUCUUCCAUAAAGGGAUCCCAGUAGCUGAUGCACUUAACUUCAGGCUGCGAAGUGAGCUCAAUUGCCCCCACUGCCAAGAUAGAAUGUUAGUUGCGUUUGCUUUUACUUUGUGGUCCAUAUGGAAAGCCAGGAACUCUAAAGUCUUUCAGGCAGUUCCUUGGUCGGAAGAAGAAACAGGCCUUCAUGCUAAGCAAGCGCAUUGGGAAUAUGAGGAAGCACAGAGGGUGCUACUUCAAAAAGUGAAGCAAACAGAACGGAAAUUCGCUAAGGUUCCAAGAGCCUCCAGUUUUUCCAUUAACAGAACAGGUCCUGGUAUUACUAUUUCUUAUGAUGGGGGAAUCAAUGCUAGAGCUAAAUCAGGAUCGGUGGCUGGUUUGGCUCGAAACGCUCAAGGGGAGGUUUUGGGAACUUUUGCAAAAUCAUACCGAGGCAUAUGGGACCCAGGAAUUUUAGAAUUCUUAGCACUCAGGGAAGCUAUUUUCUGGGCAAAGAACAAAGGCUGGCGUUUUGUGGUGUUUGAAGGAGAUGCCAUUCAGGUCUCUAACUCUGUCAAUUCGGGCGAGUGCUCGCUGGCAUCUAGUUGGGGAAUCUGUCAAGACAUAUGGCUUAGUACAACCUCCUUUGACUACUGUCAGUUCCGAUGGAUUAAGCGACAAGAAAACAAGGAGGCUCACAGGCUAGUUCAGUUAGAGAAAGCCAGCUUUCGUCGCACUACUGCUCCUACCAUUCAGAAUACGUAG